AUGAGAACCAAGGGAUGCACAAAAUGUGUAAUCUCAUCGAUCGUUAUCUGUACGAGUGUAUUUACAGUUGGUGUAAUAUUAUUGGUGAUGGGCUUUAUUAAAUACAACUCAGAGCCACCUCCACCACCAUACAUGUGGAGUGUCGAUCUAUGUUCUACAGGUAAAUUCAAUUGGGUAAGCGAUGACAACACCAAUGAAGUCUGUAGACCAAUGGUCGAACAAACAUUCCAAGUAUCUUAUCAAAUCUUGGGUGAAUCUAUCCCAUACGAACCUGUUGUUUAUGUAACUGAUAAGGUUGAAGGAGAGAUUAGAAUAUCUCAUAUCGUUAGUGGUAGAAUGAUUUACUCUGUUGGAGGAACUCUUUCAUCGAUGGAAAAGGAACCCUAUGCCAUUGGCGGUGGCCAGUUGGUAAAUGUAUAUAGAAAUGGAUCGCUUGAUCAAACCGAAGGAGAUUAUAUAACAGAGACCUGUACAAAUUUAGAAACUGGAUGCAAAUAUGAACCAGCUAGAUCAUUACAUGAAUAUCAUCUAAGUUCACAAACCGUUCAUAUGGAAGAAAUACCAGGUGACGGAUCAGAGAUUACAGUACAAUUAAAGCUUUGGACCAAUUCAACGAGAAUUACAUUCCCAGAUGUCUUUAUCGAGUACAGAGUAGCAGGUAGAGGACCUGUUCAAGACACGGGUUUAAUACUUUUAAUCAUUGGUGGGUUAAUGGCCGACACAAUGCCCGCUGCAUUAUUCUUUUUAUUACAACGUUAUUAUUACCGACAACCACAGCCUGCCAAUGAAGAUAUGGCGGCUUUAGCUAUUAUCAAUUUAAUAGCUCAAUCUUAUUCACAAGGUGUUCCUGUUUAUGUCAUGAUGCCAUUAAAUACAUUAAACAAUAAUAAUGAAAUAACAGAUUACCAACAAACCUAUCAACAAUUAAGCUACUUGAAACAGAAUUCACAAGUUGCUGGUAUAAUGAUGGAUGUAUGGUGGGGAUUAAUUGAACAAACACCACAACAAUACAAUUGGACUGGUUACCAAUCCCUAUUCCAAAUGGUAUCUCAAAUAGGGUUGGAUAUCAAAGUGACAUUAUCAUUCCAUCAAUGUGGUGGAAAUGUUGGUGACCAAUGUGAUAUUCCUCUUCCACCUUGGGUUAUAAAUUAUGGUCAAUCAAAUCCUGAUAUAUUUUAUACUGACCAAAGUGGUAAUAGAGAUCAAGAGUAUUUAUCAUCUGGUAUUGAUAAUGAAGCAUUGUUUGGAGGUAGAACUGGUAUACAAUUGUACAGUGAUUUUAUGACUAGUUUUAGGGAGCAAUUCAAUUCAAUGAUUCCAAGUGUCAUCAAAGAGAUUCAAGUUGGAUUGGGUCCAGCUGGUGAAAUGAGAUACCCAUCCUAUCAACUUGCCUAUUGGACUUUUCCAGGUGUUGGUGAGUUCCAAUGUUAUGAUAAAUACCUGUUGGCUCAAUUGGCUGAAGCUGCAACUGCUAGUGGUAAUUCUGAUUGGGGUUAUGCUGGUCCAAAUAAUGCUGGAACAUAUAAUUCAUAUCCAUCACAAACACAAUUCUUUACAAGUGGAGGAUACAAUAACUAUGAAUCACAAUAUGGACAAUUUUUCUUGACUUGGUAUGCCAACACGUUGAUUACGCACGGUGACCAAAUUCUUGGCAACGCUAGUUACAUUUUCGGAGGUAGUGGUGUGGCUCUUGCCGCCAAGGUGUCUGGUAUUCACUGGUGGUACGGUGAUCCUUCACAUGCUGCCGAGUUGACUGCUGGCUACAAGAAUGAUCAAGGACAAGCUUACAAUGUCAUCUCUGACAUGUUUAAAAAGCACAAUGUCUCUUUUGAUUUCACAUGUCUCGAGAUGACCGACGAUGAACAACCAUCUUACUGUGAAUGUCGUCCACAAGAGUUGGUUGCCCAAACCAAGCAAUCCGCUCAACAAGCAGGUAUCGGAUACAGUGGUGAGAAUGCACUCCCACGUUACGAUCAAGGUGCCUAUUCUGAGAUUGAAACAGAAUCGACGCUCUACUUUUUAAUCGAUGGUUUCAGUUAUCUCAGACUUUCCAGUGACCUUUUGUCAAGUUCCAAUUUCCCUCUUUUCCAACAAUUUGUUUCAACUAUGAAAUCUCUUAGUGGAUAG